CACGAACCUUUUCCUUGGAAUAAAGAGGAAGAAUAGCCGAGACUUACAUUUUUCUGCCCCUCUCUCCUCUCUCUUCUCUCUUCUCUCUUCUCUCUCUAACUGCCAAAUCGACUCUGCUGUAGCCGGAAAUCCUCCUUGUUCCGUCGAUCCCUACUUCCGAUCGACGAUCCGCCACCUCCCCCGCGCGAUUCCCGACCUUUUUUCCUCGAAUCGAUUGCUUGCUGGUUGAGAUUUCCGGCGCGGUGAUGGAGCUGAGACUUAUACCAUCGGAUGGGGUCGUGGGUUACUUUGAGAUAGGUGUAGGUAAGUGAAGAUGCCCGAGCUGCGUAGCGGGCCGCGAAGAGGCCGAGCGCAGCUGAAUCCGGUGCCUAAAGCUGCCCGUGGGGCGGCUCCGGCUACGAGGAGGAGAGGGGCGGCAGUGAGGAGGAAGGAGACGGGCGAUGCGAAUGAUCUGAAUAGUCCUGUCCAGCAGGAGGAAAUUGGUUUGGUUGAAGGCGAAGGAGAAGGUCGGGGAGAUCCGCAAGGAAAUAAGGAGGAAGGAGUCGCGGACAAGAGAAUGGAUGAGUUCGAUGGCGGUGGGAGGAAUGCUGACAAGCUUCCUGGCGCUGAGGAGGAGGGGAGCACUGCGCCCCUGCCAGAAAAGGUCCAGAUUGGCAACUCACCAGUAUAUAUACUUGAUAGGAAACUUGGGAAAGGUGGAUUUGGACAAGUAUAUGUUGGUCGACGAAUUUCUGCUGUCAAUGUUGAUGACAGAAUCACUGGUUCCAAUGCUUUGGAGGUGGCACUGAAAUUUGAGCAUCGAACAAGCAAAGGGUGUAACCAUGGGCCUCCUUAUGAAUGGCAAGUCUACAACACACUAGGUGGAGUUCAUGGUAUUCCACGAGUUCAUUACAAAGGCCGUCAAGGCGACUUCUAUGUUAUGGUCAUGGAUAUGCUGGGUCCAAGUUUGUGGGACACGUGGAAUAACAAUUCUCAUACGAUGUCCAUUGAAAUGGUAGCAUGUAUUGCUAUUGAAGCAAUUUCUAUCCUUGAGAAAGUUCACUCUAAAGGAUAUGUUCAUGGGGAUGUAAAGCCUGAAAACUUCUUACUUGGUCCUCCUGGAACUUCUGAAGAAAAGAAGCUUUUUCUAGUUGAUCUUGGAUUAGCGACAAAAUGGAGGGAUAGUGUUACAGGUCAGCAUGUUGAGUAUGAUCAGAGGCCCGAUGUUUUCAGGGGAACUGUACGUUAUGCCAGCGUUCAUGCUCACUUAGGAAGAACUGGAAGUAGGAGAGAUGACUUGGAAUCACUUACUUAUACCCUUAUAUUUCUUCUCCGAGGUCGUCUACCGUGGCAAGGGUACCAGGGUGAGAACAAAGGCUUCCUUGUCUGUAAGAGAAAAAUGGCUACUUCCUCAGAGUCACUGUGUUGCUUUUGUCCACAACCUUUCAGGCGGUUCAUUGAAUAUGUUGUCAAUUUGAAGUUUGAUGAAGAACCGAACUAUGCUAAGUGCAUCUCACUAUUUGAUGAACUAGUAGGUCCAAAUCCAGAUAUCAGACCUAUCAACACAGAUGGCGCUCAAAAGCUUAUUGUUGGUCAAAAGAGAGGCCGACUCACCAUUGAUGAAGAGGAUGAAGAGCAACCAAAGAAGAAAACACGUGUUGGUAUGCCUGCAACACAGUGGAUCAGUGUCUACAAUGCCAGGAGACCUAUGAAACAAAGAUAUCACUACAACGUUGCUGAUACAAGGAUUGCACAACACAUUCACAAAGGAAAUGAGGAUGGGUUGUUCAUUAGUUCGGUUGCUUCUAGUUCAAAUUUAUGGGCAUUAAUUAUGGACGCUGGCACUGGUUAUACUGCCCAAGUUUACCAACUUUCCCCGUUGUUUCUGCAUAAAGAGUGGAUAAUGGAGCAGUGGGAGAGAAGCUACUACAUCACUGCUUUAGCUGGGGCAAACAAUGGCAACUCGUUGGUUGUAAUGUCAAAAGGUAGCUACCAUUUUCUUUUUCUUAUAUCUCAUAUCCGUUUGAAAACUUGCAUUAAUGUUUCCUAUCUGUAUAUAUCAUCGCAAGGCACACAAUAUGCACAACAAUCAUACAAGGUCAGCGAGUCAUUUCCCUUCAAAUGGAUAAACAAGAAAUGGAAGGAGGGUUUCUUUGUAACUGCAAUGGCCACUGCAGGAAGUAGAUGGGCAGUUGUCAUGUCACGAAAUGCUGGUUUUUCAGAUCAGGUUGUGGAGCUUGAUUUCUUAUACCCCAGUGAAGGUAUACAUCGAAGGUGGGAUAAUGGUUAUCGCAUCACUGCAACUGCUGCAACAUGGGACCAGACUGCUCUAGUUUUAAGUAUUCCUAUAAGAAAACCUAUUGAUGAAACACAAGAGACAUUAAGGACAUCUGCUUUCCCUAGCCAACAUGCCAAGGAUAAGUGGGCUAAGAACCUCUACAUUGCAUCUAUCUGUUAUGGAAGGACAGUUUCUUGAAUCCUUAUCCUGCUGGAAGUAAUUCUGAUUUCAAUCAAAGCUAUUUCAGUUUAAGAUUUGUUUUAGUGGCAAAUACUUGUACCAGAUGCAGACCAAGGAUUUUUAAUAUAUAAUCUCGAGUCUCUUGACAGCCAUAUCUAAGCCAACAAAUGAAGCGCUGUUAAUUCCUACAGUUGCUCUUGCUUGAGCUGUAGUCCGUGCCUUUGUGGUCGACUUAGAGACCUUGUGGUCCUUUUAAUCAUUUUUGUUUGUACAAAAGUUUCACUUAUAGAAAAGGCAUAUACCGUAUUUAUUGGCUUAGCUUUUGCUGGAGACAGAUUCAUAAUAUAUGAUACUUAAUAUC